GAAAGAUAGACAGCUAGAUAGAUAGAUAGAUAGAUAGAUAGAUAGACAGAUAGAUAGAUAGAUAGAUAUAUAGAUAGAUGAAAGAACUGUCCAAAGUCACUAUACAUUUGACAUUUCUGGGUAUCACUCUUGAAAUUUCAGUUUCUGCAGCCAUAGGCCUACAAAAAGAAUCCCAUUCUAGAACGUUUGUGGCUAUCAUGCUUGGAGAAGCUUUCCUUCAUGUUCUGAACUGCAAAGAAGACACCACAGAUCAUAAUGGACACGCUCGUACACACUCACCCACCCCCAUGACCCGUCCUGACCCCUGCACUACAAACGCCACUUCUAGAUCGCCUCUGACACCACAAACUGUGAGAGUUGGUAGGCCUGAAGGCCUGGAAAAGCCAGGGCAUUGCCGAGUCUCUGCGCCCAGCAGUGCUAUGCCCAUUCUCAGCUGUAGUGGGGAGGAUCACUUGGGCAUGACUCAGCAUUGCUCCUGGUGCUGCCCCAGCUUCUGCAAGGACUAUCCGGACCUCCGGCUUGCAGGUGAUCGGCUGGAGCACUGCAGUCCUCAUAACCCAGACCUGCUCAACCCACCGUAUGACGGGCCACUGCUGCAAUCUCAGGACCUGAGCUCUUUGGAAACAGGUCAACAGGCAGAGGCUGUGACCCAGCAGGAUGAGGAGUAUCUUGUCAUAGAGAGCGUUCAAGGGCUUGGCUGGGAGAGAAGGCUCACUAACUCCAUGUUGAAUGGCUAUCUGGAAGUCCAAAUGCUGGAGUUGUUUUGUCAGCACAUGCAAAACAUGGCAUGCUACGGAUCAUCAUUGCUGGGCACUGACGUCAUGCCGGCACUGGUGCCCACCAGCCUGCCUGUAGUCAAAGAACAGACAGCCAGUCAUGUAGAAGAGCUGGAUUCUUCAUCCAAAAAUGUUGUGCAAUAUUUAAGCACUUGUUCAGCUCCAGCAACCUCGCAUUUCAGCUCACCUGUGCUGCGUAUCUCAGAAGCUGAGAAACCAAUCUCAUGAACACACACAACAUUUUUUUUCUGUUGGGCAGGAGACAGGAGUCUUUUGACCAACACACAAAUAUUUAAAGUUAACUGUUGUUAGAAUGUUUUGUAUUAAAUACUGAAAGCAUUUUGUAUGCAUUUGUUUAAAACAA